AUGAUUGGCAACUCCCUCCUGGAAUACAUUGAGAUCCGCACCUGCAUCACAUGUCUCCGCCUCGUCGCGCCUCUCAGCAUUGUUUAUACCCUCGCCAGUUGGCACUCAGGCGGAUUCCUGUGCUCGAGAUGGCUUGGAAUAUAUGCGCUCGCAGAAGCCUCAUUUUGCUUAUUCGUGUACCUGCCGAGGAGCUGGCUCAUGCAGAAGGAUGCUGUUCAUCCACCUCGACUAUCCCGCGCUGAACGCGAAGCGCUGUUUACGAAAUGUUUCAUCCACAUUGCGCAGACGAAUAUGGCCUCGGGCUGGUUCUUUGACUGCCCAAUAGACUCCAUAAAACGCGAGAACAUCAAAGAAUGGAUCCUCUGGGCACUCUUUGGAACUCGCCAUGAUGGGUACAAGGAGGAGUGGGCUGAGGAGAUAGACUCUUACAUCCAGAUGCUGGAGCAGCAUACCGGAAACAAGCUGGAUCAUGGCUGGGGCCACUCGGUCAAGUGCAUGCGACUCACACUCGAUCCUGUCGUAUCGCUUCAUAGGCCACUGUGUUGGUAUGCCAUUGUCGGGCUCGUAGACACUAUCACCUCUGCCCAGCUGGCAUUAGGAGGGUUCAAACAUUAUGACAAUCAAAAUCCCCUCGGCUGCUUUCCGCCAAGAUGGUUUUCUCUGUUCUCUCGACGUUCUCCGGAUGCGAAUCUCGCGUACUGGUACCGGCCGCACCGAUCAAAGACGAAGCGUCCGGUUCUGUUUCUGCAUGGCAUUGGGAUCGGACUGUGGCCCUACACCCCCUUUCUUUUCGAGCUGAUCGCCAAAGACCCCGACGUCGGCAUCAUCGCCAUCGAGAACCUCUCCGUCAGCAUGCACAUCUCCGCGUCGCCUCUCCCACGCGCCGAGAUGCUCGCAGCACUCACGCGCAUCCUCGAGCACCAUCAUCACGCCUCCUUCGUACUUGCCGCCCACUCCUACGGGACCGUGCUCGCGGCGCACAUGUUGCGCGACCCUGUGUUCGCGAAGCGCAUCACAUCCUUGCUGCUCAUCGACCCGAUACCCUUCCUGCUCUAUCUCCCGCCGGUCGCGUACAACUUUGUGUACCGUGCACCGCGGACUGCGAGCGAGUGGCAGCUGUGGUACUUUGCGAGCCGAGACCCGGACAUCUCGCGCGCCCUGUCGCGGCAUUUCUUUUGGGCAGAGAACGUGCUGUGGAAGGAGGACCUACAUGGACGCGAGACGGCGAUCAUUUUGUGUGGACGCGACCAGAUUGUUGAUUCUCGGGAGGUGCUGAAGUAUUUGACCGGUACGGACGAGGUGAAGUUUCGCUGGAGGAAGGACCAGCUGGAGGUACUGUUCUUCCCGGAGUUUGAUCAUUCGAACGAGUUUAAUUACUCGGAGUCGAGAAGGCCGAUAGUGGAGAUCUUGUCGCGUUUCAUUCGGAAUGGAGGGGAGGCGCAGGAGGUAGAGGUGCGGAAUGGCGAAGCAAAGAAUUGA